AGCAAGCCUAACUUUUUGGGGUGGCGGUGAAAAGGUCACAUUUAUUCAUCUGUGGUCCCUCACAAAGAAGUCACUCCUCAUCAUCCAUUCUUAAGCUCAUCAAGGUGAGAGUUUUAGCAACAGAAGAGCUGGCGUUAAGGGAUCAGCUAUGCUUGGAGGCUUCUGCACAGAUUUGUUGGUCACAUUGACUCUCGUCUUUCUAACUCAGACUGGGACUCAAUGCAGGGCAGAAAAUGAUCUUUCAUCCAUUACUUUACCCGAUUGGAGAAGAGAUUCAGAAUAUGUUACACAGUGCUCGUUUGGCAAACACAAGACUACAGCAUGCGACUGGACAACGAGUCACCACAAAUCAAACGCUAUAACUGUGGAUAAAAUAGAAAGUGAUGCAUUAGAUCAAAUUGACGCAUGUCUAGAGUUCUGGUACUUGGCCCCUCCUAAUGGUUUAAAGCUUCGCGCUCUGCUCAAAAGCAGUACUGGUCUGGUGGAAAUCUGGAUCUCGCCAGUACUGGCACCAGAUUCUUGGCGACAGGUGUUUGUGCCACUAAACAUCAUUGAGUCUGGGACGAAGGUUGUUCUUGAAGCAGUCCGAACAAUGUCCUUGGAGAAUCAGGUCACAUUUAACAACAUUGGAGUAAGGAGAGGCUUGUGCGGACAUCAGUGUGAUCCAAACAAAGAGAUAUGGACAGACCAGGCCACUCUCUGCCUCUGCUCAGACAGAAAGCUUCACUGUACUCCCUCUCAGUGUCCUAAGGGUCAAAGCUGUGGUCCUCAAAUACGAACCUCUAGGGAGGCGUCCAAUACUGGGACAUGUACUAUACAUAGUAACACAGACUGCAGCACUUUUGAUGGAGUGCUAUUUCGCUUCAUGGCCCCCUGCAACUACAUUCUGGCUAAGACCUGCUCUUCCUCUGAGGUUUUGUCCUCCUUCAGUGUGAAGGUGGUCAAUGACCACGAUGAGAAUUCUUCUGUACAAGCUGUGCACCAAGUCAUUGUGUCCGUGGGAAAUGACAGAGUGUCUCUUCUGAAACAGCAGACACACCGAGUUGUGGUCAACGGGAUCUGGAGGAAUCUUCCACUAAGUUUCAGCAAUAACACUGUAAAAAUCAAAAGUAACCUGGCAGCUGUUGUACUUGAAACCAGUUUUGGCCUUUACGUGUCAUAUGACAAUGCGGGUGAUGUGCAUAUAACCCUGCCGCCCACUUACUCUGAGGAAGUCUGUGGCUUGUGUGGAAACUUUAACCAUCUUCGAGAAGAUGACUUGAAAAAGCCUGACGGAGAACCUGCAUAUGAUGCCACAGCUUUGGCUAACAGCUGGCAGAGUGGGCAAACAAACUCCACCUGUGAAACAAUUCUAGUACCUCACCAGUGUGAACCUGUGGAAGAGGCCGAGUAUGGCAGUGAGCAACACUGUGGAAGUCUCCUCUCUAGUACUGGACCAUUUGCAGCGUGCCGAUCCUUUCUCGGAGCAGAAAGCUACUUCAGGGGAUGUAUGAACAAAAUGUGCUCCGCUCACGGUGAUCAUUUCGUGCUAUGUGAGACAUUGCAGAUGUACGCUGAUAUUUGCAAGGAUGCUGGAGUCAUUGUUCCUACAUGGUGGAACACUACAAUCUGCUCUCCACUAUGUGGUGAGAAUAGUCAUUACAACUCAUGUGCUGAAGGCUGUCCAGAUGUGUGCUCCAGUCAGGAUAUAGUCGGAUCUUGUGGAAGUUGUGAGGAAAGGUGCGAGUGUGACUAUGGCUUCAAACUCAGUGGGGGAAAAUGUGUUCCAACAGAGGACUGUGGGUGCUGGCAUAACGGUAAACACUUUGAGAAAGGAGAAACGAUCUUGGAAGGAGAGUGUGUGCUGCUGUGCCAAUGUAUGGGUGAUAACAAUGUCCAGUGCACUAAAAUGCAAUGUGACAAAACUGAGGUUUGCAAAGUCAAGGCCGGGGUCAAAGGAUGCUUCCCUAUCAAACCUGCCACCUGUAGCGUGUAUGGUGAUCCACACUAUAUCACCUUUGACGGGAUGGCGUAUGACUUUCAAGGGGGGUGCAGUUACACACUGGCUACCACAUGCGGAAGAGAAAGCUCAGUCCAUUUCACAGUGACCGGUCACAAUACGCAUCCUCCCCUUCACAACUCGACCCGGUCCAAGUUGGAUGCUGUGACCCUGCAAAUUGAGGGUUUGUACCUCACAUUGAAGCAGACCACCCAAGUCUAUGAGAAUAACAGCCUUGUUCGACUCCCUUACUCCACCGCUGCUUCUUAUGGUUCUGUCUGGGUUUACAAGGAUAAUAGUUAUGUUGUCAUGGAGACAACAUUCGGCCUAAGAAUGGUGAUCGAUGGGCAGAAUAGGUUCUUCUUCCAGGUGGAUGAUAGCUACAAAUAUCAACUAUGUGGCCUGUGUGGUACCUAUUCAGAACAGCAGGACGAUGACUUCAUAAAACCAAGCGGCCAAAAUGCUACGGACCCAUUUGAGUUUGGUGAUAGCUGGAGGGCGCCACACAAUAAUGAAUGUGUUUCCCAUCCAAAUGAUCCGCGACCUUGUGAAAAUGAGGAGGAGGAGAAAGAGGCCUACAUUGGGUGUUUUGCCAUCCUUGGGGAUGCCUUCAAGCCCUGCCAUGAAACCAUUCACCCAAGCAUCUACAUCGGUAGCUGUGUGCACGACUACUGUGCCACAAGUGGCAACCAACACACCUUAUGUGAAUCUCUUAAAUCCUAUGAAACUGCCUGCCACGUUGCAGGAGUGGAGCUACCCUAUUGGGCAACAGGUUCAGCCUGCGCUGAACCCCAAACGACAGAAAAUCCUCCAACUCCACCCACUCCAACUCUUCCAUCUCAAAUACCAGAUCCAGAUUUAUGUCCCAUGAACUGCGACUUUGAGAAGAAUCUGUGUGGGUGGCAGCAACUCAUACAGGACACCUUUGAUUGGACAAGGUAUUCCGGUGCCACCCCAUCACUCGGAAGUGGGCCAAACCACGACCACACCACUGGGGCGGGAUUCUAUAUGUACAUUGAGGGUGACAGUGUAACACACGGAGACCCAGCUCGUCUGUUGAGCUCAGAGUGCCAUUACAGUGGCCCAGUUUGCCUUCACUUCUGGUACCAUAUGCAUGGCUCUGCCACAGCCAUGGCCCUAAAUAUGUACCUGCUCCAAGGAAAUAAAGCUACCAAGAUUUGGUCCAUGAAAAACAACCACGGGCAAGAAUGGCAUCUAGGAAAGGUGGAUAUCAAUGUCUCCGGCCCUUUCCAGAUCAUUGUGGAGGGAAUCCGGGGCGCCAAUGCUCUAUCAGAUGUGGCGAUAGAUGACAUUUCCAUCCAGUUCGGCUCUUGCGCAAGUAGACUGGGAAACAGAGCAGAACCUGGAGAAGUCAUUCCCUCAGACCCAGUUUGUAGCUUGAAUUGCAGCUUCGAUAGAAAUAUUUGCAGCUGGAAUCAGAUGAUCACAGAUGCUUUUGACUGGACGUGGCAAAGUGUUUCUACACCUACCCUAAUCACAGGACCCUCCUCUGACCACACUGGGGAUGGUCACUACCUCUACAUUGAGGCCAGUACUGUGUCACAUGGGGAUACAGCUCGUCUCAUCAGUUCUGAAUGUUCUGCUUCCGGUCCUCAGUGUCUGCAGUUCUGGUACCAUAUGUACGGCUCUGCCGAUACUAUGGGCCUCCAUGUAUAUUUGCUGCAGGGCAAAAAAGCUGAUGCUAUUUGGUGGAAGAGGAAUGAUCAAGGAAAUACGUGGCACUUGGGUCAGGUAGACCUGAAAAACACAGGAGCUUUCCAGAUCAUUAUAGAGGGGCGCAGGGGUGCUAAUAAAGAAUCUGAUGUCGCCAUAGAUGAUGUAACACUUUACAAUGGACAAUGUUCAGAGCUAAGUGGUGUCAUGACAACACACCCUCCCAAACCUGAUGCAAACGUCACAGCACCUCCAAAUUUUACAUUGCCUGUCACUGCAGUCACAGAGCUUCCCGGAGUGAAUGCUAUUGAUCGAUUCCCUGUUGCAACUUGGCCACCUCUAGCAAACGUUACAGAACACCCUGUUAUUGAAGCAACUACGAAUUUAAUUCUAAAUAACAAUUAUACUGGAGCUGCAGAAAGCGGACCACCCCACUCAGUGUGCCAACUCAACUGUAAAUUUGAGAAAGAUCUAUGCCAAUGGAAUCAGCUUCACACUGAUGUCUUUGACUGGACAAGACGAACUGGGUCAACCCCUACAUUUAGGACAGGGCCCUCUUCAGAUCACACCACAGGACAUGGCCACUAUCUUUACAUUGAAGCCAACAGCGCAUCACAUGGAGACACAGCUCGUCUCAUCAGUUCAGAGUGUUUUGCCUCCGGUCCUCAGUGUCUGCAGUUCUGGUACCAUAUGUACGGCUCGGCCGAUACUAUGGGCCUCCAUCUAUAUUUGCUGCAGGACAAAAAAGCUGAUCCAAUUUGGUGGAAAAGGAAUGAUCAAGGAAAUAUGUGGCACUUGGCUGAGGUGGAUUUGACUGUCAAAGGAUCUUUCCAGAUCAUCAUCGAGGGCCGCAGAGGCUCCAAUGAAGAAUCUGAUGUCGCCAUAGACGAUUUAACGCUUUACGAUGGACAAUGUUCAGAGCUAAGUGGUGUGACGACGACACACCCGCCCAAACCUGAAUCAAAUGAAACUCUUCCUCCAAGUCUGACAUCACAUGGAACUGGAAUUACAGAGCUUCCUGCUGUGACUGUUACAGAUCAACUCCCUGCUACAGCUAGGCCAUCUGUAGCAAAUGCCACAGCACCCACUUUUACUGAAGCAACAACUCAUGUAAUUAUGGAAAACAAUGAUACUGCAGAUGCACAACCACCUCACUCAGUGUGCCAAUUAAACUGCAACUUUGAGAAAGCUCUAUGCCAAUGGAAUCAGCUCCAUGCUGAUGUCUUCGACUGGACAAGACAAAGUGGCUCAACCCCUACAUUUAGUACAGGGCCCUCUUCAGAUCACACCACAGGACAUGGCCACUAUCUUUACAUUGAAGCCAACAGCGCAUCACAUGGAGACACAGCUCGUCUCAUCAGUUCAGAGUGUUCUACCGCUGGUCCUCAGUGUCUGCAGUUCUGGUACCAUAUGUAUGGCUCGGCCGAUACUAUGGGCCUCCAUCUAUAUUUGGUGCAGGACAAAAAAGCUGACGCUGUUUGGUGGAAGAGGAAUGAUCAAGGAAAUACGUGGCACUUGGCCGAGGUGGGCCUGACUGUCAACGGAUCUUUUCAGAUCAUUAUUGAGGGGCGCAGAGGCUCCAGUGAAGAAUCUGAUGUCGCCAUAGACGAUGUACUGCUUUUCCAUGGACAAUGUUCAGAGCUAAGUGGUGCGGCAACAACACACCCGCCCAAACCUGAAGGAAAUGCCACUAUUCCGCCAAGUGUCACACCACAAGUAACUGCAGUGACAGAGCUCCCUGCAGUGAAUGUUACUGGUCAAUUCCCAACUACAGCGAGGCCACCUGAGGCAAAUGCCACAAUACCUUGGGUCCCUGAAGCAACAACUAAUCUAAUUAUUAAUAACAAUGUUACUGCACAUGCACAGAACAGACCACCAUACUCAGUGUGCCAACUCAACUGUAAUUUUGAGAAAGGUCUAUGCCAAUGGAAUCAGCUUCUCACUGAUGUCUAUGACUGGACAAGACUAAGUGGUUCAACCCCUACAAUUAUGACAGGGCCCUCUUCAGAUCACACCACAGGACAUGGCCACUAUCUUUACAUUGAAGCCAACAGCGCGUCACAUGGAGAUACAGCUCGCCUCAUUAGUUCCAAAUGUUCUGCCUCCGGUCCUCAAUGUCUGCAGUUCUGGUACCAUAUGUACGGCUCAGCUGAAACAAUGGGCCUCCAUGUAUAUUUGCUGCAAGACAAAAGAGCUGAUCCUAUUAGUUGGGUGAGGAAUAAUCAAGGGAAUAUGUGGCGUCUGGCCCAGGUUGACUUCACAACAACUGGAUCUUUCCAGAUCCUUUUUGAGGGUCGACGAGGUUCUAAUGAUCAGUCAGAUGUGGCCAUAGAUGACAUAUCCCUAUACAGUGGGCACUGUUCAGACCUGACUAAACCUACCACGCUUGCGCCCAUGACAACUGAUUCAGUUACAACAGAAGGUUCUGAAUUUACAACAGAAAACAUAACUGUUACACAACCAAUAACAACUUCAAUAAAAACAACAACAGACACAACCAUCUCUGGGACAAAGACAUUAACACCAGAAUUAACUAAGCCCUCAAACCCAAAUGCCUCAACAGAAACGCCAGGUGCGACAGUUACAAUUGAACCUCAGACCACUGACACAGCUCACCCAUCAUCAAUCAACCAUCCAGUAGAUGAUGGAACAGAAGAGCCAGGACCUGAACCAACAACUGAAAAAAUGACAGCACCCAUUACAUACCCUCAGUCCACAGUUACACCCAUAUCUCUAACAACAGAAAGCAGUGAACCGACAACUAGAUUACACUCGAAAACAUCAUGGACACCAGAAACUCCAACAACAAUUGAACCACAGACCACUGCCAGAGCUCUCCCAUCAUCAACCGACCACCCAGUAGAUGAAGGAACAGAAGAUCCAGGACCUGAACCAACAACUGAAAAAAUGACAGCACCCAUUACAUACCCUCAGUCCACAGUUACACCCAUAUCUCUAACAACAGAAAGCAGUGAACCGACAACUAGAUUACACUCGAAAACAUCAUGGACACCAGAAACUCCAACAACAAUUGAACCACAGACCACUGCCAGAGCUCUCCCAUCAUCAACCGACCACCCAGUAGAUGAAGGAACAGAAGAUCCAGGACCUGAACCAACAACUGAAAAAAUGACAGCACCCAUUACAUACCCUCAGUCCACAGUUACACCCAUAUCUCUAACAACAGAAAGCAGUGAACCGACAACUGUUCGACCAGAGCCCCCAACUACUGAAUUGACACCAUCUUGCCAACAGAAUAGUCAUUACAACACUUGUAUCCCUGCCUGCAGUCCAACCUGCAGGUAUUUGAAUGGGCCACCACUUUGCAACGACAAUGAUGGUUGUGAGUCAGGGUGUGUGUGCGAUGAUGGCUAUGUACUGAAACGUGGAAAUUGUGUACCAAUCCAGCAAUGUGGAUGUGUGGACGGAGAUGGAAAUAAAUAUAGCUUCGGUCAAGUGUGGUACACCAAACACUGCAGUCAGAAAUGUAGAUGUGAGAGGGAAGAUGAUAUUGGGGAGAGUGACUGCGAUGAAGAAGAGUGUGAUGGUAAUGCUGUUUGCAUUCAAAAUGAAGAGGGGCGUUAUUACUGCCAAAAAACAGGUUUCGAUGAGUGUACAAUAAAUGGAGACCCCGUGUACAGAACCUUUGAUAACAUGAAGCAUGACUUUGAGGGAGAACAUUCAUAUGUACUGGUCCGAACCAAAAAUUUGCCUGGUAAUCUCCAGGAUGUCUACAUAGAGGGUAUCAAUACACCAAUUGAAGAUGAUGAUGAUGAUGUUGAUGAUAUAAGUAGUGAAGAAGACCGUGAUGAGUAUGAUGAGAACGACGAUAAUGGUGAUAAUGACAGCAACGAGCAUGAAGAACACCACAGAUUACAAGGGCUCAGGAUUAAAGUGUACAAUCAUACGGUGGAGUUCAAGAAGCAUCAGAAGUUGUUUGUGGAUGGACAGAGAACUAAGACACCUGUUUCACCGUCUCUUGGUCUCAAGAUUAAGAAGCAUUCCUCUCACAUUUAUCUCAAUACCGACUUUGGUCUUUCGGUAAAGUUUGAUGGACGAAGCGAUGCAGAAAUAAAUCUACCACGUAUAUACAAACGAAAAGUGGGAGGCCUGUGCGGAAACUUCGACGGUAGAAUCCUGAAUGACCGGAUGAAACCAGACGGCACCGUAGCCAAGACUGUUCAAGAGUUUGGAGAGAGCUGGAGAGUGUGACGAUGUUAUGCAUGGGGGAGGGGCAAUGUUCUCCAGGAUACUGCUCAACAACAAUAUCUGCACUCAUAUGAAAGUCUAUUUUUCUUUAGACCAAGCGAAACCUGAAUAGUCAAUUACAUCUGUGUACAAAACUAACAUGAUUUGUACCUUGUCUGAAUUCAUUAAGCUCAACUGUUGCUCUACCAUAACAAUGCAUGCUAUGUAUUUCAAAAUAAUACUCUGCAUGAUCACAUACAGUAUCUCAUUUUAACUAGUGAGGUAUUGAAAUGAAAAACUGCAUAUGAAUACAGAGUAAAUACAUUUCAAGCAUUGCUUUGUGUAAAUAAAGAUUCACUAGAAACAUU